AAUAUUUAUUAUUUUUCAACGAUAUUACGUACGUGUUGGCAUAAAGUAGAUGUUUAAUGUAACUUUUUUUUUUUGCAGUAAAAGUUACGUAUUUUUAUUUAUUCAUAUUAUUUUAUAAUACGUAUUUUUAUACUUUUUGUUCGUUUUAUAAUUACUAUCUAUUCAGAUGACUUAAGUGUCUUCCGAAAUGUUUGUGUUAAAAAUAAUCGCGAUUUCUUUGACGUUGUACACCAAUGUGAGAGCAGAACUGUGUGAUCCGAAUCAAGUAGUCGAAUUUACAUGUAAAGAUUCUUUAUGUGAAACCAUAUCACCUGAAUCAAAAUUAUUGAAUAGACAUACCAAAAAGAAUAUUACCGAUGUAGUGGGUUUUAAUGAAAACAGUUUUUUGGUAAAGAUCAAGAAUAAUUUUAAUAUUAUACCAAGAAACGAUUUAAGAAUAACAACAUUCUCAGAACGAGGCUUCAAUCACAAAGUUAAAAUUAAUAAGAAUACUCGUAAUAUCUGUCAAUAUAAAGAAAAAAAUAAUAAUGACGGGACACAAUCCGAUAUUGUAAACAACUUGACAUCUCAAACCAUUGGUACAAAUGUUGAAGAUGAAUUGAAAAAUCCCAUUAAGAAAUUAGAUUCUAUCAAUACACCUAGCGAACAUACUGACAAUGUACAUGAUAUUAAUAUGUUUGAAGAAAAUAAAGAUGAUGUCCCAAGUACAUUGCUCAAUAUCUCUGAAUCGGAAAAUAUAAAUGUAGACCAUAGCUUAGACGACACGUCAAUUACUACUGAUGAACUUAAUGUUUCGACAAUGAAGAAUAUUGCUGCAGUAGUUGAAAAGAAUGUACCAAGUGAAUCUGUUGGUUUAUCAGAAGAAAAAAAGUUUGAUAAUCAACCGACGUUCAGUCCAUUAGAAGCUCAAAAAGAAAUUCCGGAAAACAGCGACAGCAUUGACAAUAAUGACAAUGAAAACGAACAAGAUUUGAACUCCUUGCUAUCCGACGGCACUGACGGACCAGAAACUACUGACCCGUUAGAAUUACCUGAUAAGUCCACUUUAGAGACAAGUGUAAAUAAAGAAUGUUCUUUAGGCGACUGUUCAAACAAAAUGGAGAAGACAUUACCUAUAGAAGGAAAGGACGGCAAUCAGCAGUUUCAAAGUAACCCGUCAAUGAACGUUGCUGCACAAGCAUCUGAUGUGCUAAUUACUGCUAACCCAAAAGAAACUAAUACUAUUAGCCUCAAUGAAACUGAUUUGAAAGAUAAACAGAAUGAGAGUAUUGCACCUACUGCAACACCCGACAUGCCAAAUGCUAACCUGGAAAAAUCUAGUACUAAGAUCCCGAAUGAAAUAGAUUUAAUAAAUGAACAGAACGGCGAAAUUUUUCCUCAAGCUAUCGGUGCUACAAGCCCAAAUGAAAUCUAUUCAAUAGACAAAUCAAGCAGCAGCAAUACUUUACCUCAAAUUAACGGUAUAACAAUACGAGAGGGGACAAAUAUUGUUAACGAGGAAAAACCUAAUACUACGAGCUUUAAUGAAACUGAUUUAAAAGAUGAGCUGACUGAAAAUACUGCACCACAAUUGAAUGAAAAUCAAUUGCAAGAAAAGACAAAUACUUCAAAUGAAGAAACAGUCGCUACUAAAGUACAAAAAGUUCCAAUAAAUGCUUCAAACGAAAAAUUGGAUGAUGUAUUAACCAAAAAUGUUCUUUUUCAUAACCAAUCAACCAAAACUAAAGAACAAGAACAAAUAAACAUACAAAAUAAUCAAAUUACAAGUUUAGAUUUAAAUAGUACAGAUACCUACAAUACGAGUGAUGAAAACAAUACAACUUUUGAUAGUUCAGUAGAAGUACCAUCAAUUGAAACAAAUAAAAAAGAUUAUGUGAGUCCGUACCAAAAGUCUUUGGACAAUCCGGUAAUAAUUGAAACGGAAAACAUUGGAAAUGUUCAAAAUAAAGAUCGCGAAACGCCAGUAGAUGUGCAGGCCGAAUGUAACUCAGUCACUGAUUGCCCCCAUUCAACGGUCAGUCAAAAUGGUCUUAGUUCUUCUUAUCAGUAUCAACAUAAAGCUAUAAAAAAUGCAGUUGACCCUGAAUUGAUAGUUAAGAAAAUUGAUCGAGGUAGCUUUGUGUCAUCUUUUGGUCACCCUGACAGUUGUAGCGGGAUUAGUUGUAUGUCAAACGAAGUUCUUAAACAAGACGUUAAAACCGUUGCACAGACUGUUCCUACUAGUGGUCAGGACGAUUCUGUUCACGCCAAUGAUGCUGCUUAUACCAUUGAAAAGGUAGAAAAAGAAGAUAAGUCAAUGAAUGAAAUUAUUGAAACCCAUACAGAUGAGUGGAACUUUAUGGAUUACAUUCAGCAGUGGUUAUCUUCACCUACGACAAACACAGUCGAGUUUAUUUCAAAUAUUUUUAGUAACUCGAAUAGUUUUAACGAUAACCAAAUCGAAAUUUUUUCUUGUGAUGAUUUUGGUAACGAAGAAAAUUUAAAUCAUCGCAAGCAAAUGAAUGACCAUCUUAAGACAUAUUUUAUUGUUGCCGCAGUGGUAACACUUUUAUUUACUGUUGGCUAUUGCAAAUAUCAAAAAGGUGCUUAUGAAAACCACUUGUUAACGUUAUUAGCAGUUAAAGAGCAAAGUUUGUUGAUAGCUGAAAACGAACUGUGUAUAUUAAAAGAGCAGAACACCGAAGGCACGACGAUUGCGGUCGAAAAGAAUGCAGAAUUUGAUGAGCUAAGAGAUCAGUUGGCAAGAUCUGAGGAUAUUAUUUCAUCUCAAUCUAUAAAAAUCGAAAAUCUCGAACAAGAAGUAGAAGAACUGACUGAAUCUGGUAUGGAAAUGCACUCGCUGUUGUCCUCAGCGUUGGAAUCGAGUACGAAAAAUAACGAGAACUUACAUGCAGUCAAAGCCAAGUUGGUAGAAUCUGAAAAUUUAAUUACAGCACUAACUCAAAAGAAUUUCGAAAAAACUAUGGAAUUAGAAAAGAAGUGUGAGGUUAUUAAAAAUUACCAAAUGUCUACAGACGAACUAGCACAAAAAAAUUCCCAACUGUUUGAAGAAAACGAAAAACUCUCAUCGGAACUUGAACAAAUUAUAGCUAAAAACAUGUUGAAAGAAUCAAAAAUGAUUAAACAAAUAAAAACUUUGGAAUUUGAGCUGGACAAAAAGAACAGUGCUUUAAUAACAGCCGAAUCUGAAGUGACUCUAUCCAAAAAUUCUUUGGAAGACAUGUUGUCGCAAAAAUUCAAUCUUGCCGAUGCUAAAAAAAUGAUGAAUUCCAUUAAAGCCUCUGCCGAAUUAAAAUCGGCCAAACACAUGUGCGAACAGUACAAAUGUAAAUUAGAAGAAUAUGCUCAGUCGAACCAACAAUUCACAGAUCAUAUUGAUACUUUGAAAACUGAGAUCACCAAUAUAAAAGCCAGUUAUUCAAAACUGAACAAAACAAACGACGAACUCGAAAACAAAUUAAAUGUUCUUACUAAAUUUUUCAAAGACCAGGAAAAAGAAUAUCAGAAACAAAUUAACGAGAAAUCAUUAUUAUAUAACAACAAAGAAGGAGAAUCUGCUAAUCUUAAUGAACAGCUCGAAUUUUUAAACCAAGAAAUCUCGAACUACAAAUCGGAAAUUCAGUCGCUGAAAAAAGAAAUAACCGAUCAAGAAGCGAGUUAUAAAAUACAAUUAUCGGCUGCAGAAAAAAAAGCGAGCGAUUACUGGAUUUCAUUUAGGCAAUCUGAAAGAAAACUCAAAGAAAUGGAACUUGAAUCUGCUCAACUUAGAAAUAAACUGACGAUGUCGGAUAAGAAGCAUGAAAACGGCACGACUAGCAUUGAUUCGUCCAAAGACUUUGAAGACGAACUCUUGGACAUUCCGUUACCUACGGUUUCUCCAGAAUUCACCCUGUUAGAUUUUGAACCUCCACCACCAUUGAUCCCGUCGUCUCUACGCCAUGCGUCUACUGACCAACGGCUCCCUCCACUCGGAGCACUAGGCCAAGCGUCCACAUCUCCCAUCCCAUUGUCCAGGCGGAUCAAUCGCUCAAUGUCACCUGACUCACCGCCACCGCCACCUUCAAUUCAAAGGUCUUCCGCUUUUAGGCCUUUGCCACAUCGAUACAACUAUAUGGAUCGUCAAAAUUCAUUAGGCCAUUCAGUCGAAUCACUUGACAAAUAACUUCUAUACGUUAUGUAUUUUUAAUGGUUACUAAUAUUAUGGUAUCUGUAAAACGGAUAUUAUUAUUAAUUCUUAAAUCCAUUUGUUUAUGUUCAUAUUAUUAUAUAUAUAUAUAUUACGUAUGUUUAGUGAUUUAUAUUCUUCUAACAGUGUUCAUAUCACUCUACAAUAAUUCUUUCAGACCAAUAAUAAUAAUUGUUCUUUUCUUUUU